AUGAGACAAUCAACACUUGCUACAAGCUUUCUUUCUGGACUUGGGCGUCCAAGACACUGCUUCCAACGCUCGGUUCAGGACUGGGUGCGGAGCUUGCCCGCCGAAGAGGCCCAAAGAGUCGAAACAUGGCCUCCUCGAGCUUCCGACCGACUCUAUGAUUGGGAAACGUCUACUCAUGAAGUCUAUCAUGACCCCGAAUGCUCCAGCUUUACACCGCCAUUUUCCACGGCCCGGCAACGACUCGACUAUUCCUAUCACUUGAAUCCAGCGCCCAGUCGUCAGGCACUUCAAGAUUCGAUCUUAUCUCGAGUAGUUCAAGCUUUACCUAACGACAAUACCAAUGGAAAAUCGCGCCCAUGGCUGGUGUUCUCAGCCGGAAGCAUGGGUGUCGGAAAGGGAUAUGUCCUCACUCAGCUACAUCAGUCAGGGCUCUUUCCAGCACAAGAGUUUCUCAAAAUUGAUCCUGAUUUCAUCAAGAGCGAACUGCCGGAAUUUCCCGGGUACAGGGAAUUCUCAACCAAUCCCUCCUUGGCAGCGACACAAGUGCAUCGAGAAUCGACAAUGAUGGCUGACACGUUGCUCGAGCAUGCAUUGUCUCGAGGAAUUUCCACAUUGGUGGAUGGAUCUCUGCGCGAUGUGGACCACUAUACCGAGUUGCUAGACCGAAUUCGAAAAGAAUACCCGCAAUACCGGGUGGGGCUGAUCCAUGUCGUGGCAGACCGAGAAAUUAUUUUUCAGCGUGCCAAAGACCGAGCCGUCCUGACGGGUCGGGAUGUUCCGAGACAAGUGCUGGAAGAAAGUAUGGAGCAAGUACCUCGAUCCGUGCAACAACUCACUCCCUAUACCGAUGCUACCUUUACGGUUGAAAACAAUGAAAAUGAGCCUCUGCGUCUGAUAUCCAGUGACGGUUCUAACCCGUCCUGGCAGGAAUUUCGUCGCACAUGGACGGACGAGGACACAAUCAGCAAUACAAAAGGCAACGACGACCCAGGAGUGUGUCAGAUGUCAUCUUGCUGGGACGAUUCCCAGGCUCACGAGGCAGCCAGGCAGAUCUGGAGCGAGGCAUACCCUAAUUUUUGUCCUCGCUGCAGCCUAGUAUGUGACGGGCAGUGCGGUUUGUGCAUUCACGGAGUGCAUGUCUGUGCUUGUCCAGACUGUCGGACCAAAGGUGGUUAG